CCGGGCGACCCGCAGCCUUAGGAUCUCGGGCGGAGGCCGGCGCAUGUGGGCUCUUCGCUCGCUGCUGCUGCUGCGGUCCGCGGCCGGGCGCGCCAUGUCGCAGGGCCCCGCCCGCCGCCAGCGGCCGCCCAAGGACCCGCUGCGGCACCUGCGCACGCGGGAGAAGCGCGGCGCGGCGUGGGAGCCCGGGGGCCCGAACACCGUGUACCUGCAGGUGGUGGCGGCCGGCGGCCGGGACGUGGGCGCGGCGCUCUACGUCUUCUCCGAGUACAACCGGUAUCUUUUCAACUGUGGAGAAGGCGUCCAGCGACUCAUGCAGGAGCACAAGUUGAAGGUGGCUCGUUUGGAUAACAUAUUCCUGACCCGAAUGCACUGGAGUAAUGUUGGGGGGCUGUGCGGAAUGGUUCUUACCUUGAAGGAAACCGGGCUCCCAAAGUGUGUGCUUUCUGGACCUCCCCAGCUGGAAAAAUACCUGGAAGCCAUAAAAGUGUUUUCUGGUCCGCUGAAAGGAAUAGACCUGGCUGUGCGGCCCCACUCGGCGCCCGAGUACAAGGAUGAGACCAUGACGGUUGUGCAGGUCCCCAUCUACAGUGAGCAACGGUGUGGGGAGCACCCCCCUUCCCCGAGUCCAGAGGGACUCAGUCCAGGCCGGGCUUUGGAUUCUGGAUCCACCGAAAACGAGCAGCACCUUGCGGACGGGCUUGGCCGCAGGACGCGUGGCAGGGACCCGUCCUUGGUCGUUGCCUUUGUGUGUAAGCUGCACAAGAAGAAAGGAAACUUCCUGGUGCUCAAAGCCAAGGAGCUGGGCCUCCCGGUCGGGACAGCCGCCAUUGCCCCCAUCAUCGCAGCCGUCAAGGACGGGAGGAGCAUCACUUACGAGGGCAGGGAGAUUUCGCCUGAAGAGAUCUGUACUCCCCCAGAUCCGGGCGUUGCUUUCCUUGUGCUGGAGUGUCCGGACGAAGGGUUCAUCGAGCCCGUGUGUGAGAACGCCACCCUGCAGAGGCACCAAGGGAACGCGGAGGCCCCCGUGGCGCUGGUGGUUCACAUGGCCCCGGAGCGCGUGCUGGCCGACCCCCGGUACCAGGAGUGGAUGGAGAGGUUCGGGCCCGCCACCCAGCACCUGGUCCUGAACGAGAGCUGCGCGUCCGUGCACAACCUCCGCAGCCACAAGAUCCAGGCGCAGCUCAGCCUCAUCCACCGCGACAUCUUCCCCCCGCUGGCCGCCCCGCCCCGCCAGGAGGAGCUCCCUGCUUCCCGUGUGCCCACCGUCCGGGGCGAGUGUCUCCUCAAGUACCAGCUCCGUCCUCGGAGGGAGUGGCAGAGGGAUGCCGUCGUUAGUUGUAAUCCCGAUGAGUUCAUCGCCGAGGCCCUUGAGCUCCCCAACUUCCAGGAAAGCGUACAGGAAUACCGGAAGGCUGUGCAGGACGGCGCCCCCGCUGCAGAGAAAAGCAGCCAGUAUCCAGAAAUCGUCUUCCUCGGAACGGGGUCUGCCAUCCCGAUGAAGAUUCGGAACGUCAGUGCCACGCUUGUCAACAUAAGCCCCGACAGGUCCCUGCUCCUGGACUGCGGCGAAGGCACGUUCGGGCAGCUGUGCCGGCACUACGGGGACGAGGUGGACAGCGUCCUGGGCGGCCUCGCCGCUGUGUUCGUGUCCCACCUGCACGCGGAUCACCACACGGGCUUGCUGAAUAUCCUGCUGCAGAGGGAGCGAGCCCUGGCGUCUCUGGGAAGGCCGUGUCCCCCUCUGCUGGUGGUUGCCCCGACCCAGCUCAAGGCCUGGCUCCAGCAGUACCACCACCAGUGCCAGCGCGUCCUGCAGCACGUGAGCCUGAUUCCCGCCAAGUGCCUUCAGAAAGGGGCGGAGGCGCCCAGCCCCGAGGUCGAAAGGCUGAUUGGUUCGCUGCUGGGAGCUUGUGACCUAGGGGAGUUCCAGACCUGCCUGGUCCGGCACUGCAAGCAUGCUUUCGGCUGCGCGCUGGUCCACACGUCCGGCUGGAAGGUGGUCUAUUCAGGGGACACCAUGCCCUGCGAGGCUCUGGUCCAGAUGGGGAAGGACGCCACCCUCUUGAUCCACGAGGCCACGCUGGAGGACGGCCUGGAGAAGGAGGCCGUGGAAAAGACACACAGCACCACGUCACAGGCCAUCGGCGUGGGCGUGCGGAUGAACGCGGGCUUCACCAUGCUCAACCACUUCAGCCAGCGCUACGCCAAGGUCCCCCUCUUCAGCCCCGACUUCAGCGACAAAGUGGGGAUCGCCUUUGACCACAUGAAGGUCUGCUUUGAGGACUUCCCCACGGUCCCCAAGCUGAUCGCCCCCCUCAAGGCCCUGUUUGCCGGCGACAUCGAGGAGAUGGAGGAGCGCAGGGAGAAGCGGGAGGCGCGGCUGGCGCGGGCGGCCCUCCUGUCCCAGGAACGGGCGGCUGGCCCCGAGGACGGGGCGCCCCAGCAGAAACGGGCCCUCGCAGAGCAGCCCCAGGGCCCGCAGAGCAAGAAGGUCAGGGCCCAGUGAAGGCCCGGAGGGACCCCGGACGCGGGGGGCUGCCGUCCUCUGCGUGGUAGCCCCGCGUCUGCCCCCCGCCCCGGGGCCUGGCGGGAGCUGAGGGCCCAGCCCUGGAACGGGAACUGCCGGACGGACAGAUAGGAAUUAGGGGCAGACCGACACCCAAGGAAGUCACAUGGAAAACCGCGUGCCCACGGCUGGACGGGACUGUCCGAGGACCCGGGACUCCAGGGACCCCGUGUCGAAGGACAGAAGGCAGUAAGGGCGCCGCGUGGCACCGGAGUGCUUUGCGCCGUCCUGCGGCCACCCCACCGCGGCCUGGAUUGUGACCGAAGUCCAGCCGUGCGGGCUCGGAAGACGCAGUUCGGGGGAGGCCGGGACCCCCGGAGCCUGAGGCGGCCCCUCCUCCUGGGAUUUCGCAACGCUGAGGUCCGAGCUCCGGACACCAAGGGAGUUUCAGCGAUGAGCCUGGCGUGUGCGCCCUUCCCUCGCAGGAGGGCGUAGGUUCGAAAGCGAGACCGAGGGUGUGGCCGAGCGAGCCCCGGGCUCUGGUCUCCUGCGGGAGGAGUGGGCCCAGCAAGUCCCUGGUCAGAACAAGAAGAUAGGCCACGCUCAGGGAUAAUAAAUCUAUUUUAAUAACAUUA